UGGUAAAAUAAAAACAUCGUAAGAAUGUCAAAUUUUGAUUAAAGUAUUUUUUAGAAAGCGUGGUAAAAAAAUGAUUUUUUUAAUUCUUUUGUUGACAUCUCUUGCUUCAAUCGAACAUAUCAACUGUUUAACGCAAUGUUAUCUUUGCGAUGAGUCCACAAAUUGUGGAUCAGAAAAAAUAGAUUAUUGCGGUGGGGAACAAGACACCUGUUACAUGAUGAAGUUUGUAAACUUAAACGGACAAAAUGUUACAUCUGCUGGGUGUAAAACCUGGAAUGAAUGCGGUACACAGAUCGGUACACGUAAAUUGUGCUUCUUGAGGUUUAAAUGUGAGGUUAACAUGUGCUGCAUGACUGAUAAUUGCAACUAUUCUGAUGCGAAAUGGAUAAAACUCGACAAACGUUUGUAUACGCUUGUUGCUUUGGUUAUUGCAUAUAUACUUCGUAAUUAAAACAAACUUUUAUUCAUAAAUUUGUAAUACUUUAUGACGGCGCUUUGUGUCACUCAAGCUGACAUUUGUUUAAAA